AUGGACAUCUCUGUUCUGCCCAAUAACAACCACCCUGAGAAGUUUCUCCAGCUGGACGUUGGGAUGUUGGAUACCACACAAGGCAUGUACCAGGUCGGAGCGUUCAUGUCCAGUCAGAGGCGAUGGCAGAACAGGGUCUACUCGCAGAGGGACCAAGUGGUAAAACCUGAACACAGACCAUCCACAGAAGACAGUCCUGUGGUGUUUGUGGACAGAUUCCUGGAGAAGCACAUCACUCCCGUCACUCUGAAGUCUAACAUAAGGAGAAACCCUCUGUACAUGGACAUAAAACCAGUGGACACUGGGGACAAUGAGAGAUUCAAGCCUUCCUGGACCAUCAAAGAGUACGACACACAAACCGUCCAUGGCAACUUGGCAGAAUAUCUAAAGGAGGAGGAGAAAACUCCUAAAGAUCUGGACUUCUGGCUUGAAGACCUUUACACCCCAGGGUUUGACUCGUUACUUAAAAGAAAAGAAGCAGAGCAGAGGAGGAAAAAACUUUGCAAAAUUCUUUCUUUAAUCGUUUUGCUUUUUUGCUCAAUUCUUAUCGUCAUCAUUGUGCCUAUUGUGGUUGUACGAAGUAAAAACUAA